AUAAUAUUUUAUGUUCCACCAAUUGUUUUUCAAUUUCAAUAAAGCCCAUGUGACUAGAUCUAACAUGUAUUUCAUUCUAAUCUGCCAUCACAUUCUCUCGCCAGGAGCUCUACUGGGAGUCCGACAAUAAAGUUAUCUAAGAUGAUGAAAGUCAUAGGGGUUUUGGCUGUAUGCUUUAUUGUUGUCGUUGUACCACCACCUUGCGAUGGGGAGUACGUCGAAUCUGACUAUUCCAACUAUUAUGACGAAAUUGCCCAGGCAACCUGCACAGCCAUGAACUCGGCAGGUGGAUGGACUUUCGCUGUUCGCAGGUAUUGUCACAGCACUGACCAAAGAACGUGUGACAUCAUUUGCAGAGAUCCUAACUUGAAAAAGCAAGAUUCACAAGUUGCUGAAAGAAAUAUGGCAUGCCUGAACUCACUCCAUGUAUACCAGAACAGACCUCGUUUUGCCCAUGGAGCGGGAUUCGAAAAGUUGGGAUUGAAGAUUUAUCGAUACAAUUCCUGCAGUCGCGCAUCUUGUGGCCCAAACUAUUGCUGUUGUAGAUCCUGGUAGAUCAGUGAUUCAUAGAUACUAUAAUUAAUUAGAAACAGAGUGUCAUCAUAGUGUCAAUUAUUUGGCAAAUAUCAAAAGGAAAUAAAGACUCACUCUCUCACUAUCCAA